AUGUCCUCCGUCGUGGUCCCCCGCACAUUCCGCUUAUUGGAAGAACUCGAGCAAGGCCAGAAAGGCGUCGGCGACGGGACGAUAAGUUGGGGUUUGGAGAAUGACGACGAUAUGACGCUGACCUCCUGGACUGGGAUGAUCAUCGGGCCGCCCAGGACCCCCUACGAGAACCGGAUGUACUCGCUGAAGAUGGAAUGCAACGAGCGCUACCCGGACGAGCCCCCCGCACUUAAAUUCUUAUCCAGGAUCAGCAUGAACUGCGUCAAUGGGGUCACGGGGGCGGUCGACCCCCGUAUGGUCCCGAUCCUCUCCCGAUGGCAGCGAGACUACACAAUCAAGACGAUUCUCCAAGAACUCCGUCGCCUCAUGACGAUGAAGGACAACUUGAAACUAACUCAACCUCCGGAGGGCUCGCUCUUCUAAUUUAUUUCCUCACCACAAAAAUUAAUUUCUUUUUAUGAAUAAAUUUAUUUACAUUUCAAUUAACUACAGA